AUGACUAAUAGUGAUUGGAUGCACAAUUUAUUGGGAGUGGUCAAAAUCGAAUAUACGCAACUGAUUUUGGGAGUUGUUGCGAGCUGCAGCAUGUCUAACGUUAUAUAUGGCUCCGUGCUGAAAAUUUACCCGCCAUUUCCGGAUCCCCAGAUCGUCGGAGGAACUCAAGCGGACAUCAGUGAGCAUCCGUAUCAAUUGAGUUUUCAAACUACCAGCCAUAUUUGCGGUGCCUCGAUCAUUAGCAGUAAAUGGGCCAUCACCGCGGGACACUGUGUCGGAUCGGCUCCUAGUCGGUACACGCUGCGGUCCGGUAAUAGUAACAACAAUUUGGGUAACGCUUACACCAUAAAGAACAUUAUUCGACACCCCAACUAUAAUUCGAGAACUGUCGAUUAUGACGUCGCCCUUCUCGAGAUUGCUGGUGAGUUUAAGCUCGGUAGUACAGCGGCUCCUAUAAAAUUGGCAACUAUGGAACUUGCGCCUGGAAGUUUGGUGAACGUGACUGGUUGGGGUGACACCUAUAGAAGUAACAAAACUACUUCUCGAUAG